CACGGUCUCAGUCUUCGCGUCGCUGCCCUCCAGCAUUCACGCCUCCCGCGUCCGUUCCGCGGCGCAGGCACACCGCGGUCUAUAUACACGCACGUAACCCACGCACACGGAUCCGCGGACCACCCAUAUACACGCGACCGCCGCGUACACACCGCCCUGAAUCCGGACGGGGACUUUAGCACACCAACACCUCCGCGGGAGGUGUGGGGGUGAGCCCCCAGAGUAGGUGUCAAUCCUAGCGCUGCUCAGUGACCAUCGCGGCGCCACCCAAGUAACACCUUUCGUCCGCUCUUCAGCCCCGACCGAACGUCGUCACUACUGAGAGCUUGCCGAGGGAGUAAAUAAACUUGCUCCGCUUUAUUUGUCAUCAUCACAUCGUUCUCGUCGUCGUCUUUGUCGUCCGUCGUCGUCAUCAUCGGCGGCGACUCGCGUGUUCUUCACGUCGAACACACAUGUUCGACACCGGUGCGGCGUGACGCAUCCAACCUGAACUAUUCUCUCGUUCUUUAAAGACUCGUGAUCUCAAAAUCCGUCGGACGAUCAAUGAGUGUCCCCGCGUCGUGAACGCAGUGUUGGUGUUUUGAAGUAUUCCAAGAGGAACGAAGAAAAAAAAGAGAGAGAGAGAGAGAGACGGAAGGGACAACGUAGGAGAUCGGCAAACGAGUCGGUGACAAUUCAGUAGUGAUUAGUAGUGAGCAAUAGAUUUGCACUAUGGCGUAGAGUGACUCGCGGCUAGUGUCUCGACAUGGGAGUGACUCUUAUACUGAAGAUUUAUCACGCGGCGUCACCGUAGACGUCCGCUCGCGCGAGUGCUCCACAGCUCCGUCGACGAUUCUCUCGAAGUGCCAUCAGUGUGUACCGCUUCGCUUUAGAUCGUAGGUGCUCUCUCCUCGAAAGCGAACGACUCUGGCUCGUUUCACUCGUCUCUCAUACGUCGUCGCGAGUGGAUUGGAUUGGAUGCACUUAGCGCGGUCCACGGCCAAAAAGAACUCGCUGAAACAGUCGGACAGUCCUGCCGGCAGGAUCGAAUGUCCACGUCGUAAGAUGUCGACUAGACAAUUUUCGGCAACACCGCUCAGUGAGACGAUCGUCGGCGAUUUCCCGCGGCCGGCAAUUCGCGCGAAAGAACGCGGGCGUUCUGAGGCACGUGAUCCUCAAUCUUGAGCGCGCGUCGUCCACUUGGAUAUGUGGAGGGAACACGAGUGUGAUCGUUGAUUUGUGUGCCCGCCAGGCUAGGCCAGGCGCGAAGAAGAAAAAAGAAAAAGAAAAAGCAGAAGAGCGAAGAGCACGAGAGGAAGAGAGCAGUGCCGCGCCGGGCGACGCGCGUCCGACGGCUCGCGUGUAAAGACGCGGCGUAGUACCUCGAGUUCUACAUAGGACGAGCGGGAGAGAGAGAGAGAGAGAGAGAGAGAGAGGCGGAAGCGGAGAAUCGGGAGAGCGCGCGCGACUCGGCAACAUCCGGCAGGAGCAGGUUUGAGUCACUCGAAGAGGAAUCUCGCGCGACUCGGCACACUCGCCCGUCUCGAUGAGAUUCGAACAAGACACGGCGUGCAGGGGUACCCACUGCGCCAGCACUCCGCAACCCUCCGCGCUGCAGCAGCGAUCACGGCCCGAGGAGGUGGUGGUGGAGGAGGAGGAGGACUCCUCCGCAAAGGACGUCGACAGUCAACGGCGUAGACUUGUUGACAUAGAAUUGGAGGCUAACGUGGUCGAGGGUGCAAAUACGGGGCCGCGGGCCGAGGCGGGGGGGCCUGGGAUGGCGUACCCCGCGUCAGCGACGACGGCUCUGAAUACGCAUCAGCAUUCGCCCUUCGCGAGCUCGAUCGCCGGCGGCACGCCACCCGCCAGCAAUCCAAACGGCCACAUCGGCGGACCGUUGCCGGCACCGGCGGCACCGCGACCGACGGACUUUAGCGUCUCCUCGCUGCUGACCGCGGCGAACACCCAUCCGCCUGGCAUUCUAGGCGGCUCGUCGUCGCAGAGUAGCGCUUCCCCGCCGCCCGGCGGACCCGGCAGCCCGGCGGCCGCGCCGGAAACACCACCGCCGCCCUUACCCACGAGCGGCGGCCAACGCGACCUGUCCUCGCACUCCGCGGUGGCGGCCGCGAGUUACUUCAGCGCUGCCGCCCUGGCGGCAGCGGGUUUCUACAAUCCGGCGGCACAUCUGCCGCCCACCAGCUCGCCAGGACCAACGGUAGCGGCGGCGGCGCAUCAUCUUCAGAGUAAGGGGAUACUCAGCGGUCAUCAUCAUCCGCACCUCAACCCGCACGGUAUCACGCCGCCAGGCCUAGGUCUGGGCCCGCAUACGCCGGAAGAAGUCCUGGCGGCGGCCGCGGCAGCGUUACAUCACCAUCACCAAGGCCCCGGCGGUCCUACGAUGAGGCCCUUGAGGCCGCCAUUACCGCCGGGGAUGCUUCAUUCGUCGCCGCAUCCCCUGGCCACGCAUCAUCCCCUCACGGCGCCGCAUCAUCCCCUCGUGCCACCUCAUCAUCCGGAGGAGGAUGGCGUCGUCGAUGACCCCAAAGUCACGCUCGAAGGAAAGGAACUCUGGGAAAAAUUCCACAAGCUCGGGACGGAAAUGGUCAUCACGAAGAGUGGCCGGCAGAUGUUUCCUCAGAUGAAGUUCCGAGUUUCCGGUCUGGACGCCAAGGCCAAGUACAUCCUUCUACUGGACAUUGUCGCCGCAGAUGACUACAGAUACAAAUUUCACAACAGACGCAUGUUUCCCGCGUAUAAAGUGAGGGUGUUCGGGUUAGACAAGCAGGCUAGCUACAUACUUCUAAUGGACAUCGUGGCAUCGGACGAAUGCCGAUAUAAAUUUCACAACAGUAGAUGGAUGGUAGCGGGUAAGGCGGAUCCGGAAAUGCCGAAGAGGAUGUACAUACAUCCGGACUCGCCCAGCAGCGGCGAACAGUGGAUGCAGAAAGUCGUAAGCUUCCACAAACUCAAGCUCACCAACAACAUCAGCGACAAGCACGGCUUUGUAAGUACUACGAUACUGAACUCGAUGCACAAGUAUCAGCCGAGGUUUCACCUCGUGCGAGCUAAUGACAUCCUGAAACUUCCGUAUUCGACGUUCAGGAGUUACGUUUUCAAAGAGACGGAAUUCAUCGCCGUGACGGCCUAUCAAAACGAAAAGAUCACCCAGCUGAAGAUCGAUAAUAAUCCCUUCGCGAAAGGAUUUCGGGAUACUGGUGCGGGGAAGCGCGAGAAAAAAAGGCAGGCGCUACUGACUGUAUCGGGCGGCGGUUCCCGUUUGACAGCGGGUGGACCAGCGUCGCCGGACAAGCGGCGCUCGUCGAAUUCCGCCACCGAUCUCUUGGACGACGACGACAAGCUGCUGGACGUGGUCGGACCGGACACGCCGCACCCGGCCCAUCAUCAUCGGGAACGGGAGCACUCCCGAGAACGAGACGAUCGGACGAGCGAACGAGGCGAGGGCAGCGAAUCGUCCGGGUCCGAGAGCGGCGGCGGCGGUGGCGGGCCAGGCCCAACGGGGUCCGAAGGUCCACGGCCGGACGUCUCCGUCGGUCCACCGCUUCACCCGCCUCUCUUACCGUAUCUGUACCCGCCGGUGCCCGGACUCUAUCCAGGUCCCGGUCAUCUCAUACCACCCUCUCCUCUCGGACUCCACGGUGGAGUCACGCCCGGUAUGCUGUUUAACGCCCAGCUGGCCUUGGCGGCCCAGCAUCCGCUCUUCGCGCAUUAUCCCCAUCCCCUGACCAGUCCCCUGCAUCAGCUCAAGGGACAUAGAUUCGCGCCCUAUACCCUCCCGGCGCCCUCGCAUGGCUCAGCUUUCGAAACCGUGACCCCCGGUAGUAGGACCCUAAGUCCGAGAUCACCGCCACCGAGGCCGCCAACCGAUUCGCCGACACCCACCGGCGGCGGUGGCGGCGGCGGCGGUGCUCUCACCUCGACGACACCCAGCUCCGCCGGUGAGCUCAAGUCUAUCGAGAACAUGGUGAACGGACUGCAGGAGAAGAGAAGGAGAAGUCCGAGUCUUACGCCCGGACAUCGGGGCGACGAUGCCGGCGGAGGGAGUCCGUGACAGGAGAACGAACCUGUGAGCAGCACGAAGGACGACGACCCUGACGACGAGGACGAGGACUGCGCCGACGAGUCCGGUGGCGACCCGGAGGACCUCUCCGCCGACGACAGGGAGCCGGACUCCACGUCGGAGCCGUCGUAGCGGCGGGAACGUUGGCUGAUCGGCAUUCGGUUCUCCCUGUCUUCUCCUCGUCCUGUUCGGGGUUCCUGGCCGCACCGGACGGGAGCGAGGAAGGCCGGACUCUCAUACUACAAAGUGCAAUUUUAUUUCCGGAGCGGCGCCGCGCUCGAUAAGUCGUUCUCGCGAGCGAGAGCGGCGCCCUUCGUGCUUUUGGGACGAAACGAGGAGUCCCCCGCGUGUUUCCUGUAUCUGUAAAUAGAUUUACGCGGUUCGCGCGAGAACAUGCUGUCGCGCGCGUUAGGGGUGUGCGUCUCUGUUGAGAAAGGACCGUGAGGUGGGACGCAUUGGACUCUCAAUGGACGCUGCGUUGCCGAUCGCACGUUGCUGUAAAUUUAAAAAAAAAAUGAGACGCGAGAGUGAAAGCGUUAAGAGAAAAAUGAAUGUGAGAGAGGGAGAGAAAGGGAGAGAGAGAAAGAGAAAAAUGAGAUAAAACGAGCGCGCGUACUUGUGUCCCGUGUGAGUCUACGUUCUACCUGUGUACGUUAGGUCUUAAGGGAAGAAAACAGAGAACGAUAUUGCAAUAUAUAAGAGCACCUCCUACUAUUUGCAGUCCCUGUACAUAUGUACCCUAGUGAUAUUAUAUAUAUAUUAUAAUUAUAUAUAUAUAUAUAUAUAAAUAUUAUAUUAUAAAUAUAAAUAACAUCUACUCUCUCUGUACUAAUUAUUAAAUAUAUUAUUAUAACGAUUAGAGAGACGUAAAACGCAUAAACGCACGAUGCCCGAUUUAUGCCUCGAAAACGCAAAAAAAGCGCAAGAAAUUCCAAAUCCGAAGAAAUCUCGGGGUUCGAGUCGACGAUCCGUAGAGAAAGCAGCGCGUAAACCGUGGAUUGGUUGUUCACCGAGGAGCAAUGCCGCUCUCGAAUCCUUUCGUUCUCGAAAUUCCACGUCGUUCAGAGAUUCGCGCCCUUUGCGAGCGUUGAAGGUAAAGCCGUCGGUCGAAACAAUACGGGGGAUGAUCAGCUUUUCGUUUGUUUACUUGAACGUCACUAUCGGCGAAUCGCGCAUGGUUUUUUUUCCUUUCCCUUUUUUUUAAGAGAAAGCUUCUCAUCAUCCCUUUUAUUAGAAAAUUGAAGUGUACAACGGAUUUGUGAUAGAAGAAACGACUUGUCAAAAAUGAUAUUUUUCUUUUACGUUGCUGUCAUUACAAUAUUAUAAAUUGAAUUUAUUUUUCUUUCUAAUUUUUUUUAUUUGAAAAACAAGGCAAAUUGAAAUUUUAUUUUACAAAAAUUGCUCAAUGCUCGAUUGCCGAAUUACAGUGAACGACUGGAAUACCACCGUGCUCUAUCUGUUUAAAAGUUCGAGUCGGCCUGCAAUUUGUAUAAAUAGUGGCGAUCGGUGUAAAUAAUUAUUAAACGUGUAAUAAGAAAAAAUUUGCAAUCAACUCGCGCGACUUACUUUAGGGAGCAGAGGGAUUUGCUAUCGCGAAUGCUGCACGUAACACAAUAGAGGUGGUCUAAAGAGAAAAACCUGACGUCUGGGAUAAAAGAUAACGGUGAUUUAAGACGAAAUCGCGCGAUGCGGGAGGACGUAGCGCAACGGUUUUUUUUUUAUUUUUUUUAAUGGAUCGUCUCCGAGAAUGGGAUUCUCCUGUGAUGUCCGAGAAUGGGAGGCCGUUAUCGUUUGCACGCACUGCGACAAUGCGAAUGCGCCGCACGUCCGCACACUGUACGGUCGCAGCGACAAUCGAAAGAUCGUCUCGAUACUCAGCGCAAUGCACCUUGGCGUUUAACGUCGAUCAUCUCGUUGUGCAAUCGACGAUCGGCUUCUCAUUGGUAUUCAAAGCCACUCUGUCGUAAUUCGACUAAUCGCUGUCACGUCUCUUACGCGUUUUCGAUCCUGCCAGUAGCGUCGAGUAUCGUAAAAUGAGAAAGACACGAGUGGAUCUUCUAAGUCGAUCUCUCGUUUCAAAUAAUUUGUUGCGGUUGUUCAGUAGUUGCAAGAAGGUAAGUCAACAGCGAUCGAAAGUAGCAAGUACAACGUUAAAUAUACAACGGUUGAAUCGCGAUAUAUUAUUUAUAAACAUAUCAAAACAAUCAAUUUUACACGGCUGGUGUUCAUCCGGUAUUCGCCACGUCGAAAUAUUUCAAAGUUCAUAAACUACCAGCUUUUAUCUUAUUUUUUUUUUUAAUAGCCAACUGACAUUGAUUUUGAUUUUAAAAAAUUAUGAUUUAUGCAAAAACACAAAUAAAACGUGUGAUAUAAUGUGUUGAUUAUUAAACAUGAUUUCUGAAUAUAUUGAUUAAAACGAGAGAUAUAACAGACACAUCGACUUUUGGAAGUCCUAAUCAGCUUUGCUCUAUUUUGCGAUACCCGUUAAGCGGGCUAGCUCGUCGUUGUAAUACGUCUGUACAUCCGAAUCGAUUACAAGGGAGCGAAGUGUUCUGAAAUCCGAAAGCAAUAAUCGAGCAGAGCUGUGAGUGCAACUAUCGCGGAUGAAACUAAUCGAUUCGGCUGUUCUAAUAAACUACCGCGGUCGGUCAAGACUUCCAUAUUUUUCAAAAAUUGCCAUUGACAGUCACUUUAACCCGGUGCAAAAUUCCCGACGAAGAAUUUUCGAGCGAUUCAACAUGAAUGGUUCGAAAAUUGGAGGUCAUUUCAGGAUCGUGUUAUCGAGUGUAACGAGUCUGACGAUUAUUGUUCAUCAUACUUUAAGCGACAACCAGAAACCUAUUUCUAUAAUCUGGUAGACGGAAUGACGUGUAGAUUUUUUAUUUAAUUAAUAUGUUGAUCGGAGAACUCUUGUCACAGUGAUAACAAAAUCGUCUUGAAAAACGACGAGAUAAAUAUUUUCCACAAAUCUUUAUUAUUUUAUUUACUUGUUACUCAUUACGCAAAAUCCUUAAUUCGUUUACACAUGUUGAUUUUAAUAAAUCUUGUUCAGAUAUCGUUCCGUUAAUAGAAAAAAAAACAGCACAUCUCAAAAUUAGCAAUUUUUCCGUGGUGCAUCUUUAAAAUUCUGAAUUGGAUCAGUGUUUUAAUUAAGAUAGUGAAUACAUAUGCAUGACUUCACUUUCUUUCCAUGUUAUACUUCCACACACAUACACAUAAAAUUAUAAUAUAUUUUUUAAAACUAUGUGAAUUUUCAAAAAUCGAUCCUAGUAUAGCGUAAAUUUUAUCCCUUGUCAAAGUUAUGUACUGUUCUAAUAAAUAUGUCGAUUUUCCACAAAAACAUAAAUUUUCUAGGGUCGAUUUCUUUCCAUUAUUUCAAAAAUGCUAAUUUUUUAUUUGUGUCACUUCUAUCAACGGAGUGAUAUGCCUGGCGAACAUGUACAUAUAUUUACUUUGUUCCAACCUAUUUAUAUUCAGCGCUAAAUAUGGUUCCCUCGAUCCUGAAUUUCAUUCACUAUGGAAAACUCAAACGACGCAAAUGUGAAAUGGAAAUUGCCAUAUUUAGCGCUAAAUGUAUGAAAACGAGCCAAUGUUCCGAUGCAAAAGUAGAAACUGAUCGAUAUGUACAGAUACGCAAUUGAACAGGCAAGUGGAUGAAGAAGGCUUGUCACAUUCUUACGCACGUUAAGUUAUUUGUAUGAAUAAAUGUUAUUCCCUAUUGUAUCAUACGUAUCAGUACGUAAAAUGUAUUAUCAAUUUAGUGCUGUGAUGGUUCUUAGUGAAGUUAGCCUGUGGAUACGAAGAGUCCAUGUACGAUAUUAAGUCACCUUAAUGCGAACGUAUUAAUUUAACGCUAAAAUCUGUAAUCACGAGGCGUCAUUAAAUCAAACAUUUUCUUCGUCCAUCUGCUCUUUCAAUUUAACGAUUCGAUCGUGUAUGAUUCAUCGACAUUUUGAGACACAGUUAUAGUCAAAGACUUUCGCCUAAUUAAAAUCGCGUCUCAGUUCCCUCGAAUCUUCGGGAAUUUGCUCAAUCUCGCAUAAUUUUCGUGGCUUCCUUCGGAGCGUUACGCACAGUCUUGUGCAUGCACAAAACGACGCAUCAUCGUCAACGAGAAAAUGGGAGAAGCAAUAAAAAAAUGAGUAAAAAAAAGGGAAAAGAAAACGAAGGGAAAUUUGAUCGAUCUAGACGUGGGCCACGCGCGUCAAAAGCGAAUCCAACUUCUUAACACGAGAAUCGUGAUAUUCCGUGACUUGUAUUGUAUAUUGUACACUCCUUAGAUUCUUUGUCCUUUGCCCCGACUCCAAUCUUGCUCCAUCGUCAAAAUCCCUCCGCAAAAUCCACGUGAUUAAGAAUUAUAUAUAUAUAUAUAUUAAUUUAAAAAUAAUACAACAA